GGGUUAUAUAACAAACACGAUACUGCUUGGCACCUUGAGAGAUAGUGGACAUCACAUCCCGCUCGUAUUAUUACUUGUUGUAUGCGGCGGAUAGGCCUUGUUCGUUGAUAUAUUAAGAUUACAUUACUUACUCGUCGUGGACGGCCCCUAGGUGGCAAUCUUUCGACUACUAUCUGCCUGGUGCAAUGCCAAAGCUAAGUUUUGCUACGCAUAUGGCCAUGUUUCAGCAACCAGUGGCCGCCAUCUCCACUCUCCUAGGUGAGAGUCGAAGCAGCUGGCUCAUUAAAAGUGGUUUGUGUCGUCAGCUAUCAAGUGCGCUACCCUUUCCGCUCGCCAAGCUUCGCAGCACACCUCGGUUGAGUGAUGUCGACUCGGAGCCCCCACAGCAACAGCAAUCCCUCGGACAAAAAAGCAAGGGGUAUCACGCUGCUCCAAGACUCCUCAUAAACUCCGAAUUCAAAAUGCAAAGGAAAUAUUAGGCAAAAUGACGCCCGACCUCCUAAACCUUGCUUCCUCCCCCAUCUCAGAUACGCAUAUUC